AUGUCAGAAAAUCUCGAUAUCUACGACGUAAUUAUCAUCGGAGCCGGCCUAUCCGGACUCUGCGCAGCCAAACAUAUUCGGGAGAAAUGUAAAAACGUUAGCAUUAAGCUGCUGGAACAGUCGGAGGCAGCGGGUGGCCUGCUGGAUGGAUUUAAGUCACGAUGGAUCACAUCGCAGAAUUUUCACGCCACUGAGCUUUGCCGAGAGCUUGGUGUUACGUUGGUGGAAUUAGGACAAACGGUUUCAUCGCAACAGGAUGGGACGCGCCACGUGACGCCGUUUAAGGGGUUUGUUUUUGGCCGGCUCGCCAAAAUAGAAAGUGACCGGUUGAUGGCGGAAAUCGAUGCGCUCUGUUCGAGUCGAUUUGUUAUCGAGGAUCCGAUGAAUAUGAAUGCGUUUCUCGAGCGAAAACUGUUGAUGGAAGUGUCGAAAGAGUUCUUUCGUUUUCUUAUCAAAAUCAGCUGUGGAUUCUACCCGGAGGAACUGACCGUGACGGAUUGGCAAAAGUUCUGCCGGUCACUGUCGUCGAUGAGAAAUGCGUACGAGAUGCUAGCGUAUAGUGAGACUCAUUUGGUACCAGUUGGAGGGUGGAGCGAACUGGUGACGAAGCUAGUCGAAACAGUUGGGGUGGAAAAUAUAGCAUUUUCGCAUAAAAUCACUCGACUGAAAAGUACUGAAGAGGAUAUUGUCUUGGUAAGCGAUGAGAAAGGGCACAGCUUGAGAGCUAGAACCGUCAUUUGUGCUGUUUCGUGUAAUGACCUGGUCCAGAUACACUUCGUUCCAUCAUCAGAGCGGUUCAAAGUACCAAGCAUGAAUGCGAACAUCACACACGUGACCAACUUUAGGAUACAAUAUCAAUCUUGUUUGUGGAGGAAUCAUGGAUUUUCGGGUAGCAUUUUCCUACCGCCUUAUCGAAUAAUCUGUUUCGAAAGGAACGAUAAAACCCUUGAGGGUAGCUUUUUCCAUACGGCAAACUUGAGUUAUCAUGAAACCCGAUGUGCCAUUCUUAGCAUACUCAGUCUGAAAAUGCGUUGCCGCACCUUGCUGUAUCCAUUAAAUUUUGAGUCGGUUCGGCAAGAUUUGCCAUUCCACUUCGAAGUUCCACCGACCUUCGCUCGAAGAAUUAUAUUUUCUUCCUCCAAUGCUAGCUGCUGGUUCCGAGGAUACAUCAAUGGAUCCGUUCAAGCAGGAAUCAAAGCAGCCGUACUGGUCCUGCUUGAAGUACGGCCUCAGGCCGUUCGAUACAAGGACGUUACGGAUAUGCAGUGCUUGCAUUUCAAAUAUUUCCCACAACGUACUUCGUUCGAGCAGUUCUGGUAUUCGGUCAAUCUCUCGAGUGUAGGCCGAUUGGUGGCGGCUAUCGGCACGAUUGCUGCCUCGUUUCUUAUGGUUUUGGGGCUGGCCAGAAAUCUUUCCGGGUUGGAUGCAAUUGAAUCUGAGUAAAUUUAUCGUGAAGAGAA